CACAUUCUCCAGUCCUGGAAUCGUUUGGAAGAUUUUCUUUGUUUCUCUGUGCUACGGCAAGCUUUCUGUCUCGGGUAAACUUAGAGACGAGAAUGGAGAAGCACACUUUGAUAGACCUGGAGCUUAGCAGAGAUGGAUUAUUAUUUAAUCCUCCUAACGACCCAAUGAGGGAAAAGUUCAAUUGGAAGACUUACUUCACCAUCUUGAGAAAGAAGGGAUUGAACUCCUUGCCUUUACAGAAGAACAACUCUACUUUGUCUGGUGCUUGUUACAGCAAAGACAGGCUGAGGACUGCUACCAGAAGUCUAGAAGAGCUGUCAGGGAAGCACAUGGAAGAAAUUAAAGAAGUAGAAAAUUAUGCAGACCGUGUCUGUAACUUACCAGACGAAAAGGAAGCAUUUUCUCAUGGUUAUGAAAAGGAAAGCAAGCAGCCUAGACAUGAGUUUAAAGGGCUCCAACUCAAACCGGAAGUGCAAAUAAAGGAGGUCGAAAUGUUUUAUCAAGAAGGCUUCUCUGAAAUAGCUCUGAGCAGCCCUAGUGAACAGAUUGCACACUUACUCAUGGAAAGAAGUACACUCUUGAGGAAACUGGAACGAGGGGAUCCCAAACCAGAAUCACAAAGAUGUCUGAGCAGUAACCUACAGAAAGAAUUUCCCCAGGAGAAAUUUGAACAAACUCAUCAGCCUCUGCAAAGGGAACAUCAGAAACAUCAAGAACUUGUGCAUCAGUCUAAAAAAAGUCUGAGUGAGUCCCAUAAUGAAGACCCAGAAAAAGGUAAAAUAUCACAAAACUGCAGAGAGAGAGAUAUGGAACAAGUAACAAGGAGGUUAGGGAUGGCCCCUGAAGAGAUCCGAAGGCUCACUGAUGAACUACAAGGGAAGGAGAAAGAACAGAGUAAAUUAGAGUCUGCACUUGAGAAGUCUCAACUAGAAAUCAAGAAAUUGAAAGAAAAUUUGAUAAAGCUGAAAGAAAAUGACUCAGUUGACCUACGGAAAGCAAAGGAACAUAAUCAGAGACUGGAUGAGGAAAUUCUGGCUUUAAGAAAUCGAGUUCGAUCACUUGACUCAGAAAGAAAGGUACUUGGAGAAGAGGUUGAAAGGCUUAAAGGAGAAAUUUGUGAAUCUCAAGAGAAUAAGCAACUUGGAAACCACUCUCCUGGAAAAAUGGUGGGUGCUGAACAGAAAGCAGAGAUAUUGAAAAUGAGCCAAGAAAAAAUUGAAAUAUUUGAAAGUGAGUUGUCAGAAGAGAGAGAAAGGAAAAAGCAAUUGACAUCUGAUCUUAAUACUGUGCAGAAGGCUUUGAAAGUUGAAAGUGAGGAAUUGCAAAAAUCAAAGUCAGAACUUAUAUGCCUUUAUAGUGAAAUUCAAAGUCUUCCAGGGGCAGAAGAAGACAGAGACCAUUUUUUAAUAGCAUAUGACCUGCUACAAAGAGAGAAUUCUGAAUUAGAAGCAAAGGUCUUGAAGCUUUCACAAGAAUUUGAGCAAUUAAAUCAUUUUACUGUAGGGAGAAAAACUGCCGUUGCUAAUUUAAUUACAACUGAAAAUAUCUGUAAAGAUCUUGUGUCUAAAGUACCAAUUUUGGAAGUAGACAUUCAAAGCCCAAAGGAAGAGAGAGAGGAACUCUGUCCUGAAUUAGGAGAAAGUAAGCAGAAGGAAAUUCCAGAGGAGGCAGUAAAGGAGGGCACUUUUCCAAGAGAGGGACAGGAGGAGGACUCACGGCAGAACCAAGAUAUGAAAGGUGAAGAACAGCAAUUGACCUUGAAGCCUGAGGAAGUCGUGAGGCUCAGAGAAGAGCUGAGCUGUAUGAAUCAGAGCCUCCUUCAGUCUCAGAGCUCUGGGGAUAGCUCAGAUGACAGUAGCGUCCAGUAUCCAUCAUCUGGAGAAAAACUGAAAUACCAGCAGCAAGAGGAGCUACAGCAACUUCGCCAAAAUUUGCACCGGCUCCAGAUUCUAUGCAACUCUGCAGAAAAGGAGCUUCGAUAUGAGCGAGGAAAGAACUUGGACUUAAAGCAGCAUAACAGCUUACUUCAGGAAGAAAGCAUUAAGAUCAAAAUUGAACUCAAGCAGGCCCAGCAGAAGUUAUUAGACAGCGCAAAGUUGUGCUCUUCACUCACAGCUGAGUGGAAGCACUGUCAGCAGAAAAUCAAGGAACUGGAGCUGGAAGUACUUAAACAGGCUCAGAGCAUUAAAUCACAGAACAACCUACAGGAAAAGCUGGCUCAGGAGAAAUCUAGACUUGCUGAUGCAGAGGAAAAGGUUUUGGAUCUGCAGCAGAAAUUAGAACAUGCUCAUAAAGUCUGUCUCACAGACACUUGUAUUUUGGGGAAGAAGCAAUUAGAGGAAAGGAUAAAAGAAGCAAUAGAAAAUGAAGCUAAAAUAAAGCAACAAUAUAAGGAGGAACAACAGAAGAGGAAACUCCUAGAUCAGAAUAUGAAUGAGCUACAAAAGCAAGUGAAAAUCUUAAAGGAUAAAGAGAAUCAACUGGAAAUGACCAGUUCUCAGCAACAAUGCAGAAUUCAGCAACAAGAGGCCCAACUUAAACAACUGGAAAAUGAAAAAAGAAAAUCUGAUGAGCAUCUCAAGAGCAACCAGGAAUUGUCAGAGAAGCUGUCUGGGUUGCAGCAGGAGAAGGAAGCUCUACGUGAAGAGUAUGGGCAAUUUUUGAAGCGGCUUGAUGUCCAUGUGAGAAACUAUAAUGAGAAACAUCACCACCACAAAGCCAAGCUUCGCAGAGUCAAGGAUCGUUUAGUUCAUGAAGUAGAACUCCGAGAUGAGAGAAUCAAACAACUUGAAAAUGAGAUUGGAGCCCUGCGGCAACAAAUGGAAAAGGAGAAGGCAUUCCAGGACCAGAUCACCACCCAAAAUGAUAUCCUGCUCCUUGAAAAGAGGAAACUUCUGGAGCAGCUCACAGAGCAAGAGGAAUUGAUCCACGGCAAUAAAUGGGUAAUAUCUUCCGUCCAGAGCAGAGUAUUUUUCCUGGAUAAAGAAAAUAAGCAGCUACAAGAAAACAGUCUCCGGCUCACCCAGCAGGUUGGUCUCUUAGAGCGGAUCAUAAGGAGCAUCCAGAUCCGCAGAGGGGAGGAAACAACAAUUAGUGACAUCCCUGAAUUUGAAGUAUUGAAUAAAAUUGUGCCCUUACCAAACUCCAGUUUUUCAGGAACGGGUUUGGUAGAGUCAGCUGGAAGUCUUCAAGAAACUGAAGAACAUAGGUCAGAAGAAGCAAUGGUAAACCCCAAGUCCCUCGAGUCUCUUUCGUGUUCACAGAAUUCUGAAGCUGGAUACAUAAACGUGGCUUCUCUGAAAGAAAUACAUCGCAUCCAAGAAUAA